AUGGAUUUAUACCAUUACUUAUUCAAAUUCAUAAUAGUGGGCGAUGCAAGUGUAGGGAAGUCCUGCAUACUCCUUAGAUAUACAGAGAAAUAAUUUAGAGACGAACAUGAUACAACAAUAGGAGUGGAAUUCGGAUCAUAAAUAUUAAAGAAGAAUGAUAAAACAUUGAAAAUACAAAUCUGGGAUACUGCUGGUUAGGAAUCCUUUAAAUCGAUAACUAGAUCAUAUUAUAAAGGGUUGAUAUUUGUGGUUAUAAUUUAGUUCUAUUGGAGUGCUCCUGGUCUUUGAUAUUACCAAUCCAGAUUCUUUUCAUAAUGUCUAAAAAUGGUAUAAUGAUGUGAAUGAACAGGCUGCAUCCAAUUGUACCAUCGUCUUAGUCGGGAAUAAGACAGAUCUUGAAUCACAGUAACCAAUACUUUAAACUUAGACGUAAGAUUACAACGAUUUAGGCAAAGGCUUUGGCAGACGAAUACAAGAUACAAUAUAUUGAAACAUCUGCUAAAACCAAUCAAAAUAUCGAUCUCCUCUUUGAAAACACAUCUCAAUAAAUUUUAGAGAAAAUUGAUAAAAAAUUAAUCGAUUUUGCUAAUGAAGUAUUGCAUUUAGAAUAUAGCUUUAGGAUAGUGGGAUCAAAUUGGGAACCAUCUAUAAGCAAGCCAAAGAAGGGAAUAAAGACAAAGAUAACGAUUGCAAGUGUUGAAGGC